AGUCACUGUCUAAAUAUUGAGACAGGGAUGAUGUGCUCCUCUCAGCACACAUUCAGGUGCUUCACACCUUAUAGUCUUUCCAGUCCAUAUAGGCCUAGACAUGAGCCCCUCUCAAGAUUAGUUUGUUAAACGUGGUAUGAGUUACCGAUUCUGCUAUUUUUGGCGACAAUGCAGUUACUGUUAUUCGCAGUUGUUUUUCUUUUCUUCAACGACUUAAGCGGAGCAGACAAGUGCGCGUCCUCGUGUGAUGUGAGCUCGUGUCCGAGUCCCAGCUGUCCGGGGGUCUAUGUCCCAGACCGGUGUAACUGCUGCCUGGUGUGCUCCCCGGGAGAGGGGGACCCCUGCGGCCGGAAAAACGACCUGCCCUGCGGAGCCGGGCUGGAGUGCAGGCGGCUGAGCGCGGGGAGACGGCGGGGCUCCAGAGGAACAUGCACGUGUCGGAGCCACCAUCCAGUGUGCGCCAGUGACGGCAAAACUUACCCCAAUGUGUGCAAGAUGAGAGCGGCCAACCGGAAAGCCCAGCACAGAGGCAGAACGGAAGUCAAACUGAAGCACAAAGGAGCCUGUGGCAGCCUGAGCUCAGGUGGGACAACGCCAGGUCCCAAACCACAAGAACAUCCCAGCAGUCCUCGCUUCAAGUUCAAUUUUAUUGCUGAUGUUGUGGAGCGGAUAGCCCCUGCAGUGGUUCACAUUGAACUUUUUGUGAGACACCCUUUGUUUGGCCGCCACAUGCGUCUGUCCAGUGGCUCUGGGUUCAUUGUGACUCACGCUGGUGUGAUUGUCACUAAUGCUCACGUUGUGACCACAUCCAGCUCCUCAGUGACCGGCCGACCACAGCUGCGCGUUCAACUUCACGAUGGAGACACUUAUGAAGCUGUGCUCAGAGAUGUGGACAAGAAGACGGACAUAGCCACAAUCAAGAUUACUCCCCAAAAGAAGCUCCCUGUUCUCUCUUUGGGUCCCUCCUCAGACCUUAGACCAGGGGAGUUUGUGGUUGCCAUCGGCAGCCCCUUCGCUCUCCAGAACACGGUGACAACGGGCAUCAUCAGCACCGCCCAGAGAGACGGGAAGGAGCUGGGCAUUAAGGAUUCAGACAUGGACUAUAUCCAGACAGACGCCAUCAUCAAUUAUGGAAAUUCAGGAGGGCCCCUUGUGAAUUUGGACGGAGAAGUGAUCGGCAUAAACACGCUGAAAGUCACUGCUGGGAUCUCCUUUGCUAUUCCCUCAGACCGGAUCAGCCGCUUCCUCACCGAGUCUCACAUCAAACACAAGAAGAGUCGAGGGUCAAAGGUCAUCAGGAAAAAAGAAAAGUUAAGACUGCAACGAUUUACGAGCGAACCACAGUCUGAUGAAGACACCUCACAUGUAAAAAGGAGAUUUCUAGGGAUCAGGAUGCUCACAAUUACAGAUGAUCUAGUCGCUGAGUUACAACACUUGAACCCUCAUUUUCCUCUGGUCAGUCAUGGAGUUCUAGUGCAACAGGUUCUUCCUAACUCUCCAGCUGAGAGUGGAGGGCUGAAGGACGGGGAUAUAAUCAUCAAAUUAAACGGACAACCAGUCUGGAGCAUCGACGACAUCUGGCAGGCUUUACAAGGUCAUCACGCCCUCCUGUUUGAGAUUCUGCGAGGCCAUGAGACGCUUCUCUUCCACAUCGACCCACAACAGUGAAUCAAAAUGAACUUUCACUUCAACUAUACCCUUUGAAAAUAUUUUAUACGUUUGAAGAGGUAAGCCUGAAUCAAGAUUGGGUUUAAACAUAAAUUAGAAGAAAUGUAAUUACCUCACAAGGACUAGACGAACUUCUACUUAAAAGGGCUACAUCCGACCAGUGGAACAUCAAGCACACAUUUAGCAUAUAGACCUUACAUGAUAAAAUAUAUUCAGACAUGAUGUAAAUUUCUCUUUUGCUCUAAGUAUGAUUUGCAUUGCAGAGCUACACAAUAUUAUACUGUUAUUUAAAUUCUGUAAAUAAGCAUUUCAUGUGAUCCAAUGCAGUGUUAUCAUAGCAAUAAUAACAAAUGUGCUACUCUUUGUCAAGCACGAUUGUAUAAAACAAGUUUACUCACAAGCUGCACACUUAUAAUUACAGAUACUAAAUAAUAAAGUGUUUGAUAAUUCCCUUGUCCAUAAAUGGAGUCUCCUGAGUGUUGGUGUGAGAGCAUGUGAGCAGCAGAUGCAGCACAGACACAAAACCUCAGUGCUGUGUUUAUGUCCUGUCCAUAGUUCCUCUCUGCUCUGACAGAUGUGCUGCUAAUUCAAACAAACCUCCCACUAAAACACAGGCUCGUACUGGAAAAUCAUGUCUUUUGACUCCUGUUUUGCUCUCUGAAAGACCCCUACAUUUAA